CGCUAAAACAUCGGUGUCUCAUCUUCGUUCGCAGCAUGCAUCCCCUUGCGGAGAUACGCAGAUUCUGAUUUCUUCUCUUGGUGAUCAAGUCCCGAAUUAAUGAAAAUUCACCACAAGAAGACAUUGGAAAAGAACUUUGUUUACCUUUCUCAUUCUGCAGCGAAACCCCACUUCUUAUCUCCAAUCAUUGUGCCAAUAACGUCCCGAGUCGGUUUCAAAUUUCUCAUUUUCGCGGUGGAUCUUAUCUUCGUCCCUUUCGUUGAGUUCACCUUCUAUUUCAAAUGUGAUUCUUCAGGAUUUGCAAUUUUGAAGAGAUAAAGUUAGCUCUCUCUGCCUGUACAAUGCCUUGCAUUCCGAAGCUUAACAUUAUAUAUUUUGUCUUUCAUUAGUUAUCGGUUAGUUCAUUGAAUUAGCUGAAUGGGUUCGAACCAAUCGGGGCAAGUGAUCGAAGGGAGCGACGAGGAAGAUGAAGAAGAAGAAGAUGAAGGAAACAUCGACGAUGAGAGGAGUAGGUCUGGAUCGGAUUCUCAUUUGUUGAAAAGGGUUUUGGAGCAAGAGCCGGAGAUGCUACCGUUGCAUUCAUCAGCGUUGCCGCUCUCUCCACAGCCUUCUUCCCUGGGAACGCCGCGGCAUUGGCCCGCCAUCAAGAUGUGGGAUCCUUACAAUGUCCUGGCUCCUCCGCCGUGGCCGUUGUUCUCAAGGAGCUUCUCUGCGAACGCGUUGUACGAUGAUCGGACGGUGACGGAGGUGUUUCUGAUCAGCCAUGGGGAGUGCGAAUUAAAUUUGAGGCCGGAUUUGAUAUGGGGUCGUUGCCCAGAAGCGGCUUUAACGCUAAAUGGGAAGCGACAAGCGAGGGCUAUGGCCGUGUUUUUGAAGUCUCAAGGUAUUCUGUUCAAUGCUGUGUAUUCGUCGCCAUUGGAUCGGGCACGCUUAACGGCUGUCGCUGUCUGCAAGGAAGUUAAUUUUUCAGAGGAACAGAUUCAAUCCUCAGACGCAAUUGCAGAUAUGAGUCAAGGGAGUUGGGAGGGUUGCCUUUGCUCAGAAAUAUACACACCUGAAAUUCUGAGUAUCAUUGACAGGUUUCAGCCAGAUUUUACCGCCCCAUCUGGGGAGUCACUUAGACAAGUGGAAUUCCGAAUGAUUCACUUCUUAAAUGAAACUGUAUAUGGACUUUCUGAGAGAUUGAGAUCAGAUUUCUCCUCUCAUCAAAAUGAGAACCAGGCAUUUGCGCAGCACAGUUCCCAAAUUACGGGUAACCCAAUCGAUCAACAAGAUGAAACUUCUCUCCAUCCAAACCAAUUGGAUUCAGUCAAAGGUCAUAGACUGGCACCCUUGAGGAAAAAAUCUGGUAAGAGUAGGCUACAGGUUGUGACAACCACCGGAGAUGAGAUUGAAGAUGAACUUUCUCCCUGUGAAGUCAACCGCCAGAACUUCCUGCGGAAUUUGAGUUUCAGCAGCCAUUCGGCGUCUGUUUCCUGUAUAGGUGUUUUUAGUCAUUCUGUGCCCAUCAAGUGUCUUCUGACUGGACUUCUUGGAUGCAGCCCACUGAUGUCGCACAUGAUAUGCAUAGAUGAUUCUUCAGUGACGGUAUUGCAGCAUUCUUUGAGAACCGGUUGGCAGAUAAAGAGGCUGAAUGAUACAGCACAUCUUAGGCUUCUCUAAUCACUAAAGCUAUAUACUCACAGAAAUUCGAGUUUAGCACUGGUUGGAUUAAAAAUUUUAGCUUGCCUGGUGCUAUCUACCAAUUCGCAUGAAUUGGUCCAUUGCAAUCAUUUAUACUUGCCGCAGUCGACUCCGAGUGAGAGAUCAGGACGUAGUUAGAUUGUUGUAUCAAUUCUUUUGACUUUUAUCUCAACUGGUGGUAUCACGCCUAUGUAUUUUAUGUACUUAAAGGGGUAAUAUUGUUUGAAAUUGAGAAAUGAGAAA